AUGAAUUCUUCUGAUACAUAUGAGAAACCACUACGUUCCUAUAUACAAAGUCGUGUUGGAGCUUUGGAAAAUAAACUUGAAGAAGUAGUGAACAAUCGUUCAAACAUCGAAGCUGAUCAACUUGAACAACAAAUCGAUCGUGAAACAGACAACUUUAUUGCCGAUGUCACACGACGUCUUCAUCAAAUGCGAGAUGAAAUCAAAACUCAUCGACCUACCGAUCAUCAAGCACCUGAUUAUGAAAUUCGUCUGAAUCAAUAUCGACAAUUUGUAGAAAGUUCCUCGACUGGUGUCAAUCAAGUCACUGAAUGGAUUCAUUCAAUGUUCGAAAAAAUAAUUUCGAUCGUUAAAAGUAUUGUUCAGUGGAUCAAUGAUAAUGCACAAACAAUUCUCAAAAUCAUUGAACAAAUUCGAGAUGCGUUUAAAUUACUUAGCACUCUUUUUUUUCGUCAUUAA